AGGACCAAGUUGGAGCAGGCCUGAGUCUGAAAUCAAUCUGCAGCAACCACAAGGGGGAGGGGGAGAGCAUUCAAAACAAAACAAAACAAAACAAAACAAAACAAAACAAUCCCCAGGGAAACAGUCUGGAGAAAUGAAGUUAAAAGGAUCAAACUUAGCUCCUGCGUGGAAGUGACAAUCCAACGUGCUCCCAUUAAAAUGACUUCUCAUCGGCCAUUCCCUUCAGAUGACCUCCGCGUCUACUAUGCUCUUUCGGAGUGUGCAGAUUACGACUCCCUUCCAGAGUCUGAGAGCCAGCUACACUUCCAGGGCGUGACGGGACUGCGCAACCUGGGCAACACCUGCUACAUGAACGCCAUCUUGCAGUGCCUGUGCAGCAUAUCUCCACUGGUGGAGUAUUUCCUCUCCGGAAAGUACAUCACCGCUCUUCAGAAGGACUGCACUGAGGUCACCACCGCCUUUGCCUACCUGAUGACAGACAUGUGGCUUGGGGACUCAGACUGCGUCUCACCAGAGAUAUUUCUGUCGGCUCUUGGCAGCCUUUACCCAGCUUUUCUGAAAAAGACCCAGCAAGAUGCACAGGAGUUCCUGAUUUACGUCCUCAAUGAACUUCAUGAAGCUUUGAAAAAGCACUGCCGAAGAAGAGCAUAUGAGAAAAGAUCUGCUCAAAAAUGCUCCCGGAAGGUGACGGUCAGUGAGACGUCAAUCAUCACCCGGCUGUUUGAAGGACAGCUCAAUUACAGCAUCACAUGUUUAAAGUGUGAGAACUGCACCUACAAGAAUGAAGUUUUCACUGUCCUCUCCCUCCCCAUCCCAUCUGAAUAUGAGUGCUCCCUCCAGGACUGUCUCCAGUGUUUUUUCCAACAAGACACAUUGACCUGGAACAACCAAAUCCAUUGUUCCUUUUGUGAAAUCAAGCAAGAAACUGCUGUGAGAGCCACUAUUUCCAAGGCACCAAAAAUAAUUGUUUUUCACUUAAAAAGGUUUGACAUCCAGGGCUCCGUGAAGAGGAAGCUGAGGACAGACAUCCGGUACCCACUCACCAACCUGGACAUCACUCCUUACAUCUGUCCAGUUUUCCGGAAACAUCCGAAGUACAACCUCUGUGCAGUGGUGAACCACUUUGGCGAUCUGGAUGGUGGCCACUACACUGCCUUCUGCAAGAACUCAGUAACUCAGGCCUGGUAUAGUUUUGAUGACACCCGAGUCAGUGAGAUUCCAGAUACUUCAGUUCAAACGGCUACAGCAUAUCUUCUGUUCUACAGCUGCCAGCCCUUUUCUAUUCCGACACAGAAAUCCAAGAGUAGGAGUGUUCCUGAUCACUGCAAAGAAGCCGUCAGAAAAUGCAAUGAAGUGUGCCUUGUCAUUAAACCCUUCCCACUUAGUCACAUCGCUAAGGUUUCUAAGUCUCACAGACAGCCUCACUCAGGGCAGGAGGGAAGGAGGCCACACACUGCCAUCAUAGGGGCCUAAAACUGCAGGGUUCAAAGGUCAAUGU